UACUUACGACCAAGAAGAAACUGUAUUCAAUUGGCUUUUGUCGAUUUCGGGAAUUUCAUUCGUUGUAUGUUGGUUAUUUAUCUGUGUGUCUCAUCUUCGUUUUAGAGCAGCUUUGAAACAUAAUGGGAUUGAAUUAGAUACAUUAGCAUACGUUGCCCCCACUGGUAUAAUUGGAUCAUGGUGUUCAAUUAUCAUCAAUAGUCUAAUUUUAAUUGCACAAUUCUGGACAUCAUUGUUUCCAGAGGGUAAAGCUGAUGCCAAUAAUUUUUUCCAAAAUUAUUUGGGUGCUCCAGUAAUGUUGCUUUGUUUCAUCUGUCAUAAAUUGUAUACUCGCAAUUGGAGAUUAUGGAAACCAGUGAAUGAAAUUGAUGUUGAUAAAGAUCGCGUUAUUUACGAUCCUGAGAUUUUGGAGUUGCAGAAUUUAGAAGAGAAGGAAAGGUUUAACAAAGCGCCUAUUUGGAAAAAGAUUUUUAUUGUAUGCUUUGAUUAA